AUGUCGUCAUUAUCACUAAAAAAAUUCGUUGGGCAAGUAGCUGUAGUCACUGGAGCUUCUGCCGGAAUCGGAAAAGCUGUAGCUGAACUUUUAGUGAAAAAUGGCGUUAUCGUAGCAGGCUUAGCCAGACGAGUUGAUCGUCUGGAAGACCACUCAAAACAACUUAUCAAUGAAAAAGGUAAAUUACACGCUUUCCAAUGUGACUUGACCAAUCAACAAGAAAUUCUAACAACAUUCAAAAAAAUUACUACAAAUCAUGGCCCAAUAAGCGUUUUAAUCAACAACGCAGGCCUAUCAAUAGAAACCAACAUCAUUGGUGGCGACAUUGAAAAAUGGAAGCCGGUUUUGGACACCAACAUUCUCGCAGUAGCAAUUUGCAUCAGGGAAGCCGUUGCAAGCAUGAAACAGCACAACCUGAAAGGCCACAUAAUCAAUGUAAACAGUAUGGCAGGUCAUAGUGUUUAUGAUUUUCCCAAUGCCAGUGUUUAUCCUGCAACCAAGCAUGCAAUAACGGCCUUAACUGAAACAGUGCGUUUGGAAAUUAACAGGGAAAAGUUACCGAUUAAAAUUACCAGUUUAAGUCCUGGAUAUGUUGCUACAGACUUUAUUGAAAGAGCUUUCGGAAAGGCAAUAGAUGAACGUUUGAAAAGUAGAGCCGGAUUGGAGUCCAAGGACAUUGCUGAAACUGUUCUCUAUAUUUUGUCUACUCCUGACCAUGUAAAUGUUAAAGAAUUGACUGUGUGUGUGCAAGGAGAAAUAUUCUAA